AUGGAUUCCAAUUCAAAGUGCUCAAGAUUUCAAAUCCCUCUUGGAUCAAUGGCAAGAAGUAUGUUUUUCAAAGCAUUACUUCUUGCCUCUGCUAUUUCCAUCGUUUCUCUGCUUCACUUACUACCCUCCAUGGAUUUAGCUCCCAAAACCUAUGAUCAUGACUGCAUCAUCGAAUUCGAAGAAGAUUCAAACCUCACUUUAACACCAGGUUCUUAUUUGUUCCAGAGUAGAGUCUUAAACAGUUUUUGGGGUUCCUUUGAUUCAUUGAGUUGCAAAAAAGAAAUCAACUUGGUUUCAAGUAUUGUCAAAGAACUAAAAGGUGAACGGUUAUUGAAUUUCGAAGCAGAAACUCUUUGUAUUGGUGAAACUUCAAACAUAGCUGUUUCCACACUGAAGAAACUUGGUUUCACUAAUGUGAUUAACCAUCGUGUUUUCUCAUUCAACAAGAAGAAUUUUGUUUACUCGCUUGAUCAUCACCACGAUGAAUCGUUCGACUUUGUUUUGUCCAAGGAUUUGGGAAAAGUUGCUGUCCCUGCAUUGGUUGUCCUUGAAGUUGAACGUAUUCUGAAACCUAAUGGAAUUGGUGCUUUGCUUUUGGAUUUCGAUGACAACGACAACAUUAACAUGAUAAGAUAUGCUUCACCGAUUUCAGCGUUGCUGCGAAAUUCAUCUAUUGUUCAUGUUAGUCUUGUCAAUAAUCAUGGCCUCGUUGUUUUCAAGAAAAAAUCAGAAUCAAAAUCUGAAACUGAAAGUGAAAACAGAAGCUCUUUGUUCUAUCAUCAAGUUCUUCCAGAAGAUUGUAAAAGUGUUAACUUUGCUAAGCAAUUCAUGAAUCUAAUAGAGCCGCCGCUAGCGAAGGAAACACCAUACCAGGAAAAAACCACUUAUUUGCCUAAGUUUAAGGAUGUUUCUUCAAGUAAGAAGAAUUUAGUUUAUGUUAAUAUUGUUGAAGAUGAGGUUGGUGAUUGGUUUCCACAAUCUUAUCCAAUUCAUAAGAAAGAUUUCAAUGUUUAUUUUGUUCAUUACAACACUUCUAUUAUGUUGUCACACGUGAAAGGACCGCGUGUUACAUUUGUUUAUCAUCCAGAAUUAAAUGAGAAUUUUAAGGAUGAAGCUAAGGUUAAUGUCGGGGAAGCAGAUGUGAAAGAAGAUGAAGAGUUUGAUUUGGUUGCUUGGUUUAAAGAAACUGUGGAGAAUGCUGAUUUUGUUAUGGUUAAGAUGAAUAUUGCAGGGAAAGUUGAAAUGAAGUUUCUUUCAGAAAUAUAUAAAAAUGGUGUUAUAUGCUUUGUUGAUGAGUUGUUUCUUAGCUGCUCAGAGAGUGAAGAUGGUGAAAGAGAGAGAUGCAUGGAUAUUUACAAGGGUCUUAGAAGCAAUGGUGUCUUUGUUCAUCAAUGGUGGAAUACUCAUGAAUUGCAUCAAAGGUCUAAUGUUUGA